AUGCCGAAAGUCGAUAAAGGAAGACCAAUAGCGAAGAAUGCCAAAACAACAGCUGGUCCCAUGUUCAAUAAGGAACUGGGACAACAUAUUCUGAAGAAUCCAUUAGUUGUUAAUUCCAUCAUUGAAAAGGCAGGAGUCAAGUCUACUGAUACAGUGUUAGAAGUUGGUCCUGGUACCGGAAAUGUUACCGUCAAGAUACUUGAGAAGGCCAAGAAGUGUAUUGCAGUGGAAAUGGACGCUAGAUUAGCUGCUGAACUGUCAAAACGUGUACAGGGAACGCCACAACAACGCAAGCUUGAAAUGAUUGUUGGAGACUUUCUAAAGGUGGAUUUACCAUACUUUGAUAUCUGUAUAUCGAAUACGCCAUACCAGAUAUCUUCACCACUUGUCUUCAAGUUGCUUCAGCAUCGGCCUAUAUGGAGAUGUGCCGUCCUCAUGUUCCAACGCGAAUUCGCCCUCCGUCUCGUCGCCCAACCCGGUGACCCCCUCUACUGCCGCCUCUCAGCCAACGUGCAGCUAGUCGCAAAAGUCCAACACAUAAUGAAGGUCUCGAAAAACAAUUUCAGACCACCGCCCAAAGUCGAAUCAUCUGUCGUCCGAAUCGAGUUGAAGCAACCACCACCGCCAGUUGAUUUUGAUGAAUGGGAUGGAUUGUUGAGGAUCUUGUUUGUGAGGAAGAAUAAGACUUGUGCUGCGAAUUUUAGGAGUCAGGCUGUGCUGGAUGUGUUGGAGCAUAAUUAUAAGACUGUUUGUAGUAUACAGCAAAAGAUUGUACCAGCAGACUUUGACGUCAAGGCCAAAGUCAUGGGUGUAUUGGAAGCGCUGGACAUAAGUGAAAAGAGACCGGCAAAGAUGGACUUGGACGACUUUUUGAAACUCUUGUCUGCUUUCAUCGACGCUGGAUUUCGAUUCACGUCGAAAUAG